AUGCCGCCGAGGAGAGCUACCCAUGCUCAGAUUGCUAGAGAUGCUAGAGAGGCUCAUGAUGAGCAUGUUCAGCCCGCAGUUCCGCAGCCCAAAGUUCCUCAGGUUGACCAGGAGGCUAUGAGACAGAUGGUUCAUGAUGCUGCUAGACAGGUUGCUCAGGAAGCAGUUCAGCAGAUUGCCCAAGAGGCAACCAGGCAAGCCACUCAAGAGGCUGCCCGAGUAGCUUCUCAGGAAGUUGCUCGACAGAUGGCUGCAGCUCAGCAGGUUCCGCAAGGUCCUCAGAUUCAUGUGCAGCAGGGUCCGCAGAUUCAUAUGCAGCAGGUUCCGCCCGUUCAGGUUCAGCAUGAUCAUCAGGUUCCAGCUCAGCAGGCCCCAGCGCCACAGUAUCCGCAGGUUCCUAUUCAGCCGGCUCCAGGUGUCUUUCAGGUUCCGCCGCCGCCACCCGUCAUUCCAGUGCAUGUGCCCGAGGUUGAUGAAACAUUUAUCAGGGUGUUGUCACAGAUGAAGUAUGUGAACUUGGAGCAUUUCAGUGGUACGACGGACCCUACACUUGCUCACGAUUGGAGGGACAGUUUGGAUAAGUGUUUGAACACUAUCUCAUGCCCACCAAGGCACAAACUUAGGAUUACUGAGUUAUAUUUACGCGGAGAUGCAGCAGUGUGGUGGGAUGGAGUGCGAGUGAUGCACCGUGGCGAGAUGACUUAUGAGGAUUUCAUGUAUGCUUUCAACAAGAAGUAUUUUCCAAGAGAAGCUUUGGAUGAGAAGAAGAACGACUUUGAGAGUUUGAGGCAGGGUGGAAAGUCUGUCAGAGAGUAUGAGCAUGAGUUUCGCCAGCUUCACCGAUUUGCGGGUAAUGGUAUGGAUGAGGAGGAUCUUAUCAGGAGGUUCUUAAAAGGGAUACGAGUAGAACUUCACGGUAGGUGCAGUAUGGUCACCUAUGCCAGUUUGGAGGAUCUGGUAGAGAAGGCCGUUGUGCAAGAGAAAUGUAUUGCAGCAGAGCAGAAGUUCAACAAGGCAGCUCAGCCUAAGACCGGAGGGACUUCCGGGUUGCAAAAGAGGACCUUGGAUCAGUCAGGCAUCCAGUGCUUUCAUUGCGGGAAGUUUGGACAUAAGAGUAGGGUUUGUCGAAGCAGGUUAGCCGUGCCCGUGUUGCACAGCCAGUAGCAGUGGCAGCAGCCCCAGUAGUGGCAGUUGGGAACUGCUUUGGCUGUAACCAGCCGGGUCACAUGAUCAGGGAUUGCCCGAGGAGGGGCAAUGCAGCGCUUCCACCACCACCGAAGCGUCUAGCCAUCGCUCCACGUGUGUUUACAGUUGGAGAUGCCCAGGGAGCCGAGCCGAUAGCGGGUACGGCUGGGAGGGAGCAGGAGUAGGAGUCCGUAUGGUGCCAGUUAUUUUCAAGUUUCAUUUGCUUUUCGAACUAUUUCCAUUUGAGCUUUAUUUUCGCUUUUGGAUAAUCUAUCCUUGAGUUAAGUUUCGGUUUAUGUAAGACUAUCUUGAGUUUAAUUAAAGAGUUUUUGAACGAUUUGG